UAGAAAGUUCUGUGACGAAAAAAAGACGCACUUGUUAACAUAUUCACCGUCAUGAAUAACGCAAAGUUGUACAAGCAUAAGAAGGGGUUGCAGCAGAGCGAUUCGGUGUACGUCAUCGAGAAUUUUUCGAAAUAUCUCAGGUGGAAGGACCAAAAGGAGACGAUACUGGAUGUGGGAUGCGGGGAUGGGCACACGCUGUGCGAAAUUUUGCUACCCAGAAUCGCCGAUAACGUUGAGAAGGUGGUUGGAGCAGACUCUUCGAGGGAUAUGGUGGAAUUCGCAAGGGAUGAAUACGAGUGCCAGAACGUUGUUUUCGAACAGUUGGACGUGGAAACUGUCGAUGUGCCCGAGAAGUUCAGGGAAAAAUUCGAUCAUAUUUUCUCGUUUUUUUGCCUUCACUGGGUGAUCAAACAGAGUGUAGCCCUCAAUAACAUCUACAACAUGUUGAAGCCAGAAGGGCAGAUCCUCUUGACUUUCUUGGCUAAGAAUCCGAUAUAUGACAUAUAUGAGGAGAUGUCCAAAAUGGAGAAAUGGGCUAAAUACAAGAAGGAUUACAGAAAGUUUGUAUCGCCCUAUCACAACUCCCCAGAUCCAGAAGAAGAAGUCAGGACAAUAUUGAAGAAAGUUGGUUUUCAUGUGACCAUUUGUCGAUCGGAGAGAAGAUGCUAUUCAUUUCCAAAUUUAGCAACACUCAACGGAAGUGUCAAGGCGGUGAACCCAUUUUUGUCGAGAAUACCUGAGGAAGACCAUGAAAGUUAUUUUGAGGACUACGACAAUAUUAUGAAGAGAUCGAAGGAUGUUAUUUGGGAGAAACACAAUAACAACGAUAAUGGAAAAUUUCAUUGUUUUCAUGAACUGAUGAUUGUAGUUGCAUCUAAGGGUUAUUGAUUAUAGUUAUUUGUUACAACUCAUUAUGUAGCUUCUACGGGUACAAUUUAUUUAUUAGAUAUCUUUACAAUAGGUAUAGGUAGUUUUUAGGGAAAAUUAAGUACAAAUUUGCAUUUAUCAAUCUUUAUAUUAUGUAGUUCUUGUCUUGAGAGACUAUCGAUUAUGGACUAGAAUUUAAAAAAAAUUUAUUGUUGAAACUAAAUAUUUUAAGCAAUAAAAAUAAUAUACAGCAAAUACUAACUCAAAGUGAGAAUUUAUUACAUCAUAACAUAAUCAUUAUAUAGAUAUUGUUCCAAUUAUAAUAAAGAAUUUGAAUUUUAUGGGAAA